AUGAUUCCCAUCUUGGUGGAGUCCUUCGACCCCUUCCCGAGGCAUCUUUGCCUCGCGCUGCCGGCAUCCGCCACCGCGACGGAUGUGUUGCAAGGCUUCAGCAAAGCUCUCUGCGGUCGUGCCCCGCCGUGCUUUUUUCUUACCCAUCGCGGUCGAAAGCUUGUCGGUUCAACGAGGUUGCGCGGUCUGACCACAAGCAACGAUGACUUCCCUGUGGUUCUGCAAUUGCGAGCGCUUUUGCCUGGUGGCAAAGGUGGAUUCGGAUCGAUGCUGCGUUCGCAAGGUGGCAAGAUGUCUGCUGGAGCACGCAAUUCGAACAAUGACUCUUGUCGCGAUCUCAACGGACGUCGACUGGGCGUCCUCAAGGAAGCCAAGAAGCUGGCAGAAUACCUUGAGGGAGAGUCGGAAAGAAAGCGCCAGAUGGACGAGGCGCAGAAGAAAAAGUACGCAAAGUUGGAAAAGAUGUUGGGACGAACACCUCGCAGCGAGCGAGACCUCGCUGAGGCUGCUGAAAGGAUGGCGGAUGCGGGAGAGGACUUCGACGCCGAUCAAGCGAGCGACAUUCCUGAGGCCGAAGCGGGCCCCAGUCGUCGUGUCGGCAGUCCCGGUCAGGCAAAUCAAACGUCUCAGCGCAGGAAUAUGGUAAGCGUCGAGAAGCCGUCCGUCACGAGUGGCAAGAGGAAAGAACGAAUCGAGGACUCGCAGUACAUCGAACAGAGCCGCGAGAUUGUCGAGAACGUACGCUCAGCUGUGGCAUCCGCCAUGAUGAAGAAGAAGAAGAAGAAGCUCAACAAGACAAAGACCCAGACGACCUCCUCGGCAUCAGGCUCCGGCUCUUCCGUCACUGCGUCCACAUAA